AUGUUUCCUACGAGCUGCUACCGCCUUUUCGGCCUCUCGAGUCGACUGCAUUUAUUCAACGUGCCACGGCCGACAUCCAUCAAAGUCUCCGCGACGCCCGCCGUUCUCAAGAUUCUGCCCCUAAUUCCAGCCAAGAUGGAGCUGGGUUGCCUCGGCUACGCCCUCGACCUGUGGUUUCUCAGCAAUACACUUUGCAAUCUCGGUAUUCUCUGCGUAGUAGGACUGUAUCCGGUGCCUACUCUCCGCGACAGCAGCCUUCCCGACAAGUCGAGCCUAGCGAACAACGAGACGCCUUUGGUCGACAAAGGCACAAUGCUGUCAGAACGCAGCAAGGUCAGCGAACUGUCCCAGUACGGGCUCCCCGGAAUUUCCAAGCAAUUUCGGGCUAUCACUCGGGAGAAUUUUUGA